AAAGAACGCUUGUAAAUAAAGUUCACAUUAGCUUUUCUCGUAUUUUAAUAUUUAAAACGUUGUGUAAAAUCUUCAGUCUUUAUUAAAAAAUUUCGAAUAAAAGACUCAGUAACAAAUGUUAUUAGCACACGUGGAAUUAAAUUUGGAUGUAAUUGGCUGAGAAGAGGGGAGGAAACAGUAUUUUACAUAUAUGUACAUAUAAUAAUAUAUAUUCGUAGAAAUGAAGUUCUAUUAACGUUAUUCCGGGUUUGGAUGUAAGUCGAGCAUUUUUAAAUCAGGACAAUUUAUGCACGUUUCUGGCAGCACGUAGUCUAGUCGAUGUUAUAAAAAGUGGAAACACCACCAGUUAGUAUCGCGGUGACGCGCGAUAAUAAUUUAUCAAUACGAGAACGUGAUCGAGAGGUAUACCAGUGAAUUUAAUUAUGACGAGCAAACUCAGUGAAAAUAUGUUUAGAAUAUUGAUUCUGCUUACGGUGUUUUUACCUUCUAUCGUACAUUCUAAUUAUUUCGGAACGAACAGUGAGAAGAAUGACCAAUGCUUUUGUAAGUUGAAGGGAUCAAUCGAUGACUGCAGCUGCAGUGUAGAUACAGUGGAUUACUUUAAUAACAUGAAAAUUUAUCCAAGACUUCAGAGUCUUUUAGUCAGGGAUUAUUUUCGUUUUUAUAAAGUAAACUUAAAACAAGAAUGCCCCUUUUGGACCGAUGAUAGCAAAUGUGCUAUAAGAUAUUGCCAUGUGCAACCUUGUCAAGAAGAAGACAUUCCAGAUGGUUUAAAAGGGGACACAUUAAGGAACAUUCAUUUUAAUGAAAGUCCCGUAGAUAAAUAUAAAGCAUCAAUGCAAUAUAACGAUUGUUUACAUAGUGCUAAAGAUCACAAUAGAGAACUUGGUUAUCUCAACACAACAAUUAGUUCAGAAAACUAUAAAGAUUUUGAGUUAUGGCAACAAUAUGAUGAUGCUCAAGAUAAUUUUUGCGUGAAAGAGUCUAGCCCUGGAGAAUAUGUGGAUCUUUUGCUAAAUCCUGAAAGAUACACAGGUUAUAAAGGACCUAGCGCACAUAGGAUAUGGCGCAGUAUCUAUAAGGAAAAUUGUUUUAGGCAUGUGCUUGGAGAAAAGAGUGUUUUAUCGUGUUAUAUCAGGUCUUCAUGCUAGUAUUAACAUUCAUUUAUGUUCAAAAUAUUUGUUAUCACAGAAAGAUAAUUUAGAGAUAAUACCCGGUGGUCAAUGGGGCCCUAAUUUACAAGAGUUUCAAAUGAGAUUUUCACCAGAGGAAACAGGAGGUGAAGGUCCAAAUUGGUUAAAAAAUUUAUAUUUUACUUAUCUGCUUGAAUUAAGAGCUUUGGAAAAAGCUGCGCCAUAUUUAGAAAGAGAAGAAUAUUAUACUGGUAAUAAAAUACAAGAUAAAGAUACCCGUUUGGCGAUAAAUGAUAUUUUAAAUGUUAUUAAGUCGUUUUCUGAUCAUUUUAAUGAAAGCGUUAUGUUUACUGGUGGAGUUGAAGCUCAGUUAUUGAAAGAACAAUUUAGACAGCAUUUUAGAAAUAUAUCUCGUAUUAUGGAUUGCGUGGGAUGCGAUAAAUGUAAACUUUGGGGGAAACUUCAAACACAUGGUUUGGGUACAGCACUGAAAAUUCUAUUCUCAGGAAAAUUCGAUAAAUGGGAAUCAACAUUACAUAACUUCAAUAGGAAGAAAUUCUUUUUAGAAAGAAGUGAAAUUGUUGCACUGAUAAAUGCUUUUGGAAGAUUAUCAGAAAGUAUCUUUGAAUUGGAUAAAUUUAGACAAAUGAUGAGGUAGCAGAAUAUCUAAUAAUCUUAUGAUUAAGUUAAAAUACAUCACACAAAUUGAUUUAUAUAAUCUUUAUAUAAUCUUUGAUUAUAAUAAGUUUAUAUCAGGUAUAAAUUAUUUAGAAAUUUUAUAUUUAAAACAUGGCAAAAAAUCGCAAUAAAAAUUAUUGCGUGAUCUCCUUUAUACUUCUUACUUCUAACAAUAAUUAAUUUGAUAUUGUCAAGAGAUUAUUUAGCAAUACGUAAUAUCGAUUAAAUCAAACAAAGAUGUCAAAUCUCAUCUAAUUAUUUUAUUGCGAUUUUAACUGAUAACUCUAUCUGUGAUAAAUAUUUUGUCUAUAGAAAAGAUUCUUGUACCAGUUUUAAAGCAGCAUAUAGCAUAUUCAGUUUUUAAAGAACUUUCGUUUUUUGAAUUUAUAAAAUAUUAAAAUUUUUUUAUUAUUAUAUAUGCAAAUAUAUCAAAUUUAAGAUAUUAUAGUUCGCCUUUUAAAAUCUAUUUUUAUUUUAAUCAAAAUUGUUAUCAAUCUAACUACUAAUAUAUUAUUCUAUCCAUAAAAAUAAUAUUGAUUAGCAAGUAAAUAGAUUGUAACGUGUAAGGUUUAAUAAGAUAUUAUGAAAAUCGUCCAACAUAAAUCAAUUUUGUAUAGUUGUGUACAUUUUUUAAAAAAUUUUAUAUUCUAUGUUUUUAUAUUAUUACUGUAAUAGAGACGACGAAAGAUUUGACAUUAUUUUCCGAGAAAUUUAUAUACAAAGAGGAAACACCAGUGUUGUAUAUUUCUAUAUGCUAAUUCACAAUAAUUUAUAAAAUGUUUGACGUUGUUACAUAUAGGCAUAAAUCUAAUUUGUUGUCGCUAAAUUGUAGAAACUAACGAUUUCUGUUUCAUUUUUCAAAUUAAAUUUGCGAGAGAUGAGUAAAAUUUUUUAAAAAAUUGAAACUUGCACGAUUUACUUCGAUAAAUCAGUUUAUUUGAAAUAAAAUUUAAAUCAUGUUGAGUUUCGGAAACUUUUUUCAUGACAUCUUUUUACCAUGAUAUUACUCAUUCGAAUAGAUUGUAUAUUAUAAAACUCUGUACACGAGUGUGAAGAAAUGUAUAUUUUACAUGCGAGCAUAAGUAGAUGCGUGAUGCGUAUGAUUUUCACGGAUUUAUUUAUAAUUUGGAAUAGCAGAAUUAUCAUGUAACCUGCUUAUUUAUGAAAAAUAGACACGCUUCGUUUUAAUGGAACAUUUCAUACAUACGAUUAUAAAAGUUAACAAGUUUUGAAUAUAAUGUGAAUUACAAUAUAUCAACGUCUCCUCUUUCUGUCAAACAUUCCAUUUCGUCGUAUCGUUUAAACGAACAAGACGUAUUAAUUUCUCAAAUAAUUUCACGAUAAUACGCUUUUAAAUUGCUUUUAAAUAAAUCAUUUUUUACUUAUCGGCGCGUUGUAAUUUCUCAUUCCUUUUUUAUUUUAAUCACAAAGAUCAAAUCAAUGGACAAAUUACACGGUUAUUUUUAAGCUUCGAGCGAGUAUUGGCAUGUAGAAUACGAUGUAAUAUCAAUGCACUGUGUCGAUAAUCUUCUCGGAUAACAGAGACGCUUAGGUGUCCGUUAUCCGAGACUCAUCGAACGCAUCGCGAAAGCAGUCGAGAAAGAUCCUUGGCCACCCUGGCGACGAUCUCAAGGAACGAGUCAGGUGUUUCGCAAUAAAAUACGUAUUCUAAUAGUUCGGCACGUUCAAUCGAGCACGUUGUCUCUCUUGUAAUCGUCGCAUUUGCACUGGGACCGGCAACGUUCACAAUCACGCGUGUAUCUUUGGAUCGCGAUCGAUUUCGCAACUCGAUAUUUAUUAUAGUUCAACUGUUAAGUUGAAAUUUUAUCUGCGCGUGUUUCGUCAAUCUCUGACGAUGUAACUUGAUGGAGGACACAUUGAAAAAGACACAAGACACCAGUCACUUGGGGAAGAGAUUUUUCUUCGACUUGAUUUUCAUCUCCCUAAUUGUACUAUUAAACUAAAAAUAUGCGAGUAAAGUAACGAGGAACACAGAGUUCUGUCCUGACGUUUACCCUUUAUCGCAUUUCCGGGCUCUGUUAUGUCUAGCAUAUUCGUAUGUGUUGUAAACAAAUACCACAGUAUCGCGAACUGUCAUCGAGCACCUCGGUCAGCCGUCCUGUGGAAGGUAAAUAUGUACACUGUGUGCAAGCUUCAGUCGAUAGAUCGCGCGUUAAAACGACCGCUUCAAAAAAAUUUCGUUUUACGUUCGAUCAGCCCUUCGCGAUCCUUCCUCGAGGAUCACCUCGAAGAGUAUAAGACCUUUGAGACGGGAAAUUUAAAGUAUUAUGCUCCGUUUAUCGUUGGUGCGCCGCGAAACGAGCAUCGCUUGGACUUGGACACUUUGGUAAUUGUCAUCGACUUGCUCCAGUUUCUCAGAAUCUGAUUCUCACCGCUGACUUUCGCGAUUCCCAUAUUCUGGCAUAAUAUUGCCGGGCAAUACAGAGGCAUUAUGCUAGCAAUAUGUGGUAUCGUAAGUUCACUGCGAUCUUCGAUCCGAAAGAAAUCAAUCAGUUAAUCGAUUUCAAUCGAUCGAUCAGCAGUCAGCUAUCGUUAUUUCACAUUCGCAUUGUCCGAAGAAACUUGCACUAAACUUGAAUUAAUCAAAUUGAUAGCCAGUCGAUUGAUUUGUUUUGUCAUUUAUCCACGCUUGAUAAUCGAUUUAAAAAAUCGAGAGCAGUGACGAGUACGAUAACUUUAACGUCGAUAGGGUUAUCGUUCCAAUAACGAAGUCGUACUGUCAUUUUCGAUAAACGCCGCUGCCGGAACGGAGCUCUCGCGUAAUUGCGUUUCAAGAUUUCCCGCGGAAAUCCGCAACACGUAGUUGGGUUGUAUCGCCGAAAUAUGCGUGUGACGGUAGUGGGCGCCGGUGUGAUCGGCAUGACGAGUGCAUUGGCGGUGAAAACCAAUUUUCCACAAUUCGAGGUGCACGUAAUUUCGGAUGAAUUUUCGCCAGCAACUACUGGCGAUGGAAGCGCCGGUCUGUGGUCCCCUUAUCUCCUCGGAAACACUCCCUGCGACAAAAUACUGCAAUGGAGUGGUAUCACGCAUCGAUGGUUGGAGAAAUUUUGGAAAGCAGGCUUGGCCCCUGAAAUCGGACUGUCCUUGAUACCGGUGUAUCGCGUCACCAGCGACCCUAAUGGGUUCUCCGAGUCGACCUGGACGGGAACGGUGUACGGGGCACGUAAAUUAAGUUCCAGCGAAUUGGAGAAACUCAAUGCAGAGUGUAAAACUAGCUACAAGUAC